GAAAAGGCAAAAGGCCUUAAACCCAGCAAAAUCCCUAAACCCUAAAUUCCCCCAAAACAAAGCCCCCAAAUAAACAUAACGAAAAGAAGAAAAAUAAACCAGAAAAUUCAAGAAUGGACCACAUAGCUGCAGCAGAAGAACGAAUUGUGAACGAAAGAUUGAGGCAGAAACUCAACGAGGUCAACAGCGCUGCCCAAUCGGAACUCUCUGUUGUUCAGGACCAUGUCAAUUUUACCCUCCAGCAAGCAUAUUUUAAGUGCGCCUACGAGUGUUUCGACAGGAGGAGAAAGCAGGAUGAGAUUAGCAAUUGUGUAGAGCACUGCACCGUUCCUGUGCUCACUGCUCAGAAUCUUGUCGAAAAUGAGAUGGCUAAAUUUCAGGAAAAAUUGAACCGGUCUCUGAUGGUCUGCCAAGACAAAUUUGAGACGGCCAAGGUCCAGCAGAAUCGAAGUGAUGCCAUGAAGGAUUUGGAGUCGUGUGUUGAUCAGUCCAUUCAAGACAGCAUCAAGAUGUUGCCGCAUCUUGUUGGAAGAUUAAAGACAUCUCUGCUCAUCAAAGAUUGAAACCUUUAGGUUAUUACCACGUCCUGCAAGAGAUCACCCAUUUCGUCUUGUUUUAUCAUUGUUUAUCUUUAUGGAGGCAUCUAUUUAUCUGCAAUCGCUCUGAAGUUUUUAUGGGAUGAAGAACCACUCUAGUUCUCAGUUUCAAAUAGCAUAGAAUACGGCUGAAUGAUGAUUUUUAGAAAUAAUUAUGUAUUGUAUGAACAUAUAGCAGUGUAGGUUCUCCAGAUAUGUAUUGAUCAAUCCAAUGCACAUUUGAGAAAGAAUAUGUUAAACCCCUUUUUUAAAACUAUCAUAUUUAGAA